UUUAUUCUGCAGUCACAAUGUCAGCUCUGGACCCCAUUAAGCUCCCGGCUCUGGUCUAUGUGAUCCUAUUCCUUGGGGUCAUUAGCAUUUCAGGAUUUGCAGUUGGAUCUCAUGUGACCGUCACACCGCUGCGGCCCAGGGUACUCGCAGGAGAAAAUGUCACUCUGACGUGCCAUGGGGUUGCCAGUGUCCAAGUCAAGCAGAGUUAUUUCUGGUACAAGGACGAGGAGAAGUUAAAUAGAUAUGAACAGAACUUCACAAUGAAUGAAGCUACAAGAGAAGACAGUGGGAGAUACCAGUGCCAAACGAGUACCAGCAACAUAAGUGAGGUGGUCUCUCUGAACGUUACCGAUGAGCCAUUCUCUCUUCCAAAAAUUAAAGUGACCCCAGAUCCACCAUUAGAAGGAUAUGAUGUGACCAUAAUGUGUGACACCAACCUCAGUCUGGUGCUGGGUCCUACGGAGCUGCAGUUUGCUUUCUACCUUAAAGGCAAAAUUGUACGUGGCUUUAACACUUCCGACCAAUACAAAAUCCCCGUGGCUCAGCUGUGGGACUCCGGAGAUUACAGUUGUGAAGUGAAAACAUCAGACAGCGUCUGGAGGAAAUUAAGCAAUGAGACAUUUAUUGAGAUAGAGGAACUGUUCUCCUACCCAGGGAUAAACUUCAGUCCACAUCAAGUGACCGAAGGUGAAGUCCUGAUGGUGAUGUGCGACGCCAGCCCUUUCGCCAAGCCUACGGAGCUGCUGUUUGAGUUCUACGCCAAUGGAAAGAGAGUGCGGGAAUUCAGCCCUUUAAAUUCAUAUACAGUUCAAGAAGUUCAGUUGGAGGAUUCCGGACCCUAUUUGUGUGUGGCCAAAACUGUGACCGGUAGUGUACAGAAGAUGGGCACCGCCUCAUUUAUAGCUAUACAAGAGCUCUUUCCUACUCCAUCAAUAUCAGUCAGUCCAAGGGAGGUGCUAGAGGGUUCCAUCAUGACAGUUUCUUGUGACAUUAACUCUAAGUGGAGAGGACCAGGGAACCCAAGCUAUAUUUUCUACAAAGAUGGGCGCCUUGUACAGAGUCUCUCGGGACAAAGGGGAUACAAAGUGACUGCUGCACAGCUGCACAAUGCUGGAAGCUAUGAAUGUGAAGCAAAAUACCCCAGUGGGGAGGCGAAAAUGAGCAAACAUUUAAAAAUUAACGUCCAAGAGCUUUACCUCUCUAUAACUGUGGCACCGACUGCAGUCACAGAAGGCGACAGCAUGAGAAUAACAUGUUAUAUGAAACCAUCUACUCCGAAAAUGGCUACAAACCCUCAGUUUGCAUUUUACAGAGAUGGGUUGAAGGUGCAGGAAUUCAGUCCAUCUAAUAUAUACAGAGUUCCCUUGGCUCAGGUUCAGCAUUCUGGAGGCUAUACUUGUGAACUGAGAAUUUCAACUGUCAUAGGGAAGAAGAUGAGACGGCACUUAUAUGUCCACAUACAAGAGUUGGUCUCCUGUCCAAAUAUCACGGUUGUUCCUUACCCACAGUUAGUCCAAGGCUCUGCCAUGACUUUAACUUGUGACACAGCCCUUAAUCCAUUGGCAGAGAUGACAGAGCUGCAGUUUGCUUUCUACAGAGAUGGGUUGAAUGUGCGGGACUUUAGUUUCUCUGACACAUACCAUGUUCCUUGUGUCCAGCAAGAGAAUUCUGGGAAUUACAGCUGUGAAGUUAGAAGUUCAACCAGUGAUGUAAGGAAAAUGAGCAGAGGGAUCUGUGUGCAGAUAAAAGAGUGGAGUCAGAGAUACCGCUACAGACAAUUUGCUGCAAGUGUGCUGCUUCUUGUGCUUGUUGCCCUUAUCCUGUACAUGCGCAGAAAUAAAUGAAAAAGAUUAGACGGCUCAUUUAUGAAAAGCUGGUGCAGAGCAAUGCAUGAAAAUUAAUGACACCCAUUUAUAUGCCGUAAAGCAAGUACUUUUGGCUACCUGUGCUCAUCCAUACAAUCACCAUGCUCCACUCCAUUAUUUAUAUCUGCAUUUACCUGUUGAAACAUUGGAGGUAGAGUCCUGCACGGAAAUAAUUUUUGAGACCCGGGCUGAACCCACAUCUACAACCCACUUGUAUUCGCUACCCGACCCUGGUCCGCAACCCGCUGACCACCAUUAAACAGGUGCUGGGAGCGAAGACAGAAAAAAAUUCCUUUUACAUUUUAAAAGGUGUAAAAUAUAAACAAUAUAACAUAAGAUAAGAAAUAUAGAUGAGACUUGCAAUGCAACCCGCAACCACAGACCCGCGACCCUCAUCCAAAGACCCUUAUCCCGCUGCAAGACUCUAACUGGAGGUUUUGUGAGCUUGGCCUUGUAAAUAGCUGUAAUAAGCCUUUCAAUACAGAUUAUUUCUCUUUUA